AUGGAAGAUAAUGCUACUCCUGUAAAAGAAAACAGCACAAUAGCAACAACAACAACAACAACAACAACAUCAGCAGCACCAGCAGCACCAGCAGCAGCACCAGCGUCAGCAGUGCCAACAGCACCAGCAUUAGUGGCUUCAAAGUUCACGGUAAAUGGAAAGCAGUAUGUGCUUAUCAAGGAAUUGGCGAAUAUAUGGGGCUAUGCAUCUUCGUAUCAGCUUAUUGUGGAUCUAGUCAAAAAUGGGUUCCCCAGAAAUCAGAUUCUCAAGACAGAUGAGUCGAUCAAUAAAGAGUUGCAAAGAGUGAAAUUAAUAGAUGCAAAGGAAUUGAAUACUAAAUUGUUUUAUUCAUCGUUGUACUCAAUUUUGCAUCUGGAGGUAUUUAAAACAAAAUAUGCAACUGGAAAUCACCCUUUGGUACGUUCACAAUCAACUCAGAUGACCAGCUCCACAAAUUCAAAUGUAAAUACUAGGAAGGAUGAUAAAGAGGAAGAUAUGAUUGAUGAUGAGGAAGAGGAUGAAGUGGAUGACGAUAAUGUGGUUUCCGAAGAUGAUGAUAGUGACAAUGAUGACAAUGAUGAUGAAGAAGAAAGAGAAGAAGACGAAGAAGAAGAAGAAGAAGAAGAAGAAGAAGAAGACGAAGAAGAAGAAGAACGAGAAGGAGAUGCAGGUGAAGAACAAGAAGAACGAGAAGGAGAAGAAGGAGAGGAAGAAGAGGAAAGCGGAAACGUUGAAAAGAAAAAUCGCCAUCAUCAUAUCCAUAAGUACAAGCAUACUCAUAAGCAUAAGCACAAGCAUAAGCAUAAGCAUAGAAAUAUCCAUUCUAAGGAAACAAAACACGGGUUGGAUGAUAAGGUGACAAUAAGUCAAGUUUUCCCGCAAUAUGGUAUUGUUGAAUCGACUAUUAAUUUGAACCAUGCUCUGUUUGGUUCCUUAAAUGCAAUGUCGAAAUUGAGUUUCUACAAAAACUUGUCAUCGGCGGGAUUGAGGUUUCUUCCAAAUACAAAGUUAAACUUUGCAGAAAGAGAGUUGGUUGCAAAUACGCACAACUUUGGAGAUAUCAAUAUUGAUACCAAGAACGAUAGUGAGGAUAAGAAACGAGCUUUCAGAAGACCUAUUGGUAGGUCUAAAAAACACAACAUUCAUAUUGAUCCCAAUUUGGUUGAUCUAAAUGAAGCGGUUAUACCCGGGCAGGGCUAUAUUAGCGAAUUCAGCAUAAAUCAUCUUUGCAAGGUUCCAAACUACUACGUGACAUCCAAUCAUCAGACUCUUCCACAAUCGUUCAACGCUAAAAAUUUGAACACAACAUCCAACUCUUCGUUUCUUUUCAAUGAAGGUGUGAAAAUGUCCAAAAAUAUCCAGCAACUAGUAUUCAGUAACGACAGUGACAAUUAUUCUCAUUCCAAAUACUACUACACCAAAUGUUAUCGAGGUCCGGGUUCAGGAAACUAUAAAGAUGCUGCACUAAUGAACAAAAUUAACAAGAUUCACCUUACCAAUAGCAAGAAAAAGUGUCAUAAGAAAACUGUAUCAGGAAAGGAAAGGUUCAAAGCAAAUUUGAAAGGGUUGAUUCAUGAAAGAUUCAACAAAGAUUUUGUCGAUGGACUUCUUUCGAGUCAGCGUAGGUACACUGAGGACUACUCAAAUCUUGAAAUGUUACACAAUAGCUUGGAGUACAACGUUUUGCUCAACUCUUAUAGAGAAAUUUCACGAGAUACUUGGAGUGGGUAUUUCAAGUUUAAACUCUUUGACUUUGAGCAAUAUAAAGCUUUGGAAGUAGAAAAAAGAGAACAGCAAGUGAGACAACGUGCGUUAGAAGAGCAGAAAAGGUGGAUGGAAGACGAUAAACUUAGACAAGAGAGAUUGCGUAUCGUUUGUGAAGAAGAGCACAAAAAACUUGCUGAGUUGCAGCAAGAGUUUGCCGACAAACGACUGGAACUUGAAACUAAAAACAGACGCUUUCAGUUGGAACCUACUUUCAAUGAUCCUUUUGAUGCGGGUAAUGAAGUUGAUAUUGCUAAAGAGUUAAACUUGCUUCAUAGUCAGUUCGAGGAGAAGACAAGCAAAAUCAAACAAGAGUUUGAAAAAAAGAAGAAAAAUUUGAUUCAACCAUUGGAGCCUCCUCCGGUUAUAGAAACUCCUCAAUUGGAUGUGUUAUCUAAGUUUACAUCUCCCGCGGAACACCCAGAAAUAUUGAGGCACCUACCAACCGCAUUGAGGUCGACUAGUGUUGUUGGUAAAGAAGUACCACUGAUAAAGAAGCCUAUCCAGUACGUAACAACUUAUCCUGUCAACUCAAAUGCAGAGUAUUUGACAAGGAUUGAGAUUGUUAAAAUUCCCAACCCUAAUUCUAUUGGAUGGGACAAUUUGAGGAAAUUCCAGUGA